AUGUACGUAAAUAUACGGGUUGGUCGCAGUCAUUGUGACGGUUUAUGGAGUAAAGAGGUCGUGUGUACCAUGUGUAUUGUUUGCUCCUACCUUUGGAACCCAGAAACCAGUCCAUGUGGUUAUGUAUCCCUGGGAAUGGCAGAGAAUUCGCUGAUCGAUCCUGCUUCGAACGCUUUAACAUAUGGCGACGACGGACCUUCAGGCUCGAAACACCUCAAGGCCGCUCUAGCAUGCUUCUUCAACGACAACUUCUUUCCAGCUCGAUGUCAUGGGGCUCUUGCAAAUCCUGGAGAUGGUAUACUCGUUGGCCGACCAUAUUACCGCGCGUUCAUCAUCGAUGUGGAGCAACGUCCGGAUGUGCGGAUGGUACCUGUCUCCUUUGAAGACAUUGACCCACUUGGGUCUGGCUGUGCGGCCAAAUACGAAGAAGCACUCCUUGCAUCGGAACGCGCUGGGGUCAAAGUCCGUGCUAUCAUGCUGUGCCAUCCUCACAAUCCUUUAGGACAUUGCUACCCAAAAGAAACAAUCGUGAGGAUCAUGCAAUUCUGCAAGAAAUAUCAGAUCCAUCUAAUCAGUGACGAGAUAUACGCUCUCUCUACCUGGCAGAACUUAGUUGACACAGGUAUGGAACACGCUACGGACUUCACUUCUGUGCUCUCGAUACAGACAGAAGGACUCAUCUCUCCUGAUCUCGUGCAUGCCAACAAAGACCUGCUCACUGCCUGCAGCGCAUGCGCAAUCUUUUCUUCGCCAUCGUCGCUUGCUGAAAAUGCCGUUGACUACAUCGUGUCUGACCGCCAGUUCCUCGAGGCCUAUGUUGCAAAAAACAAAGAACGCCUGUCUGCGGCGUAUACGUAUGCCACCAUGUUGCUUAGCGAACAUGGAAUUGAGUACCUGCCUGGCGCUACGGCUGGAUUCUUUCUGUGGGUGAAUUUGGGAAAGAAGUGGCAAGAGAAGGUUGCGGCCGAUAGAAGAGGAUUUGAUAAUAUGACCAUUUUCAAAGCCUUAUUGCAAGAGAAAGUCUUUGUUGUCAGUGGUGGCUCAACAGGUGCUGAACAACCGGGUUGGUUCAGACUUGUCUUUACUCAGAAACAAGAAGUGGUUGCUGAGGCAAUCGAUAGGAUAGCCAAGAUCAUGUUGUAA